CAGCCGGCCCUGCCGCCCGCGCACCCCCACCACCAGAUCCCCAGCCUGCCCACCGGCUUCUGCUCCAGCCUGGCCCAGGGCAUGGCCCUCACCUCCACCCUCAUGGCCACUCUGCCCAGCAGCUUCUCGGCUUCGCCCCAGCAUCAGGAGGCGGCCCGCAAGUUCGCGCCGCAGGCCCUGCAGGGCAACUUCGACAAGGCAGACGGCGGCAUCCCGGCCGAGACAGAGGACGGCAAAGCCUUCCUGGCCAAAGAAACCUCGCUGCUGUCGUUCUCGGCCUCCGAGGCGGUGCAGGCUUCCCUCGUGGGGGCCAUCAGAGGCCAGGGGAAAGACGAGGCCAAAGGGGAGGAUGACUCCAAGGGCAAAGAGGAGAGCUUCUCCAUGGACAGCGACCUGGAUUACAGCUCCGACGACAACAUCCCCAGCCAGGCGGUCCACAAGGAGGAAGACUUGGCCGCGGCCCUGGAGGAGAAUCCCCAGAGCAGUAGCAGCAGCAGCAGCAGCAGCAGCAGCUCGGGCAGCACCACCUCCACCGGCAAGAACCGGCGGAGGCGAACGGCCUUCACUAGCGAACAGCUCCUGGAGCUCGAAAAGGAAUUCCACUGUAAGAAGUACCUGUCCCUGACCGAGAGGUCGCAGAUCGCCCACGCGCUCAAACUCAGCGAGGUCCAAGUGAAAAUUUGGUUCCAGAACCGCAGGGCCAAGUGGAAACGGGUCAAGGCCGGCAACGCCAACUCCAAGACCGGGGAGCCCUCGCGGAACCCCAAGAUCGUUGUCCCCAUUCCGGUGCACGUCAGUCGUUUUGCCAUCAGAAGUCAACACCAGCAGCUGGAGCAAGCCAGGCCCUGA